CUUUUUUUCGAUUAAAAAACUCUUAAAUUCUUUUUUUUUUGCUGGCCUUUUCUUUUCUUUUCUUCUUUUGUUUCCUAAACAUGUUUAGACUUGCUGCUACCAAGACUCCUUUAGCAAACAUUGCUGCACGCAACGCUGCUGUGAAGACUGCCCGUCCUUUUGCCAACAGUUUCUAUCGUUUCUACAGCACUGAAACUGAAUACGAUGUUGUUGUUAUCGGUGGUGGUCCUGGUGGUUAUCCCGCUGCUAUUAAAGCUGCUCAACAAGGUCUUAAGACUGCCUGUAUUGAAAAGCGUGGUUCCUUGGGUGGUACCUGUUUAAACGUUGGUUGUAUUCCUUCCAAGGCCAUGUUGAACAACUCUCACAUCUAUCAUCAAACUCAACACGAUCUCAAGAGCCGUGGUAUUGAAGUCUCUGAUGUCAAGCUUAACUUGGAUAGCAUGCACAAGGCUCGUCUUAAGGCUGUUGGUGGUUUGACCAAGGGCGUUGAAUUCCUCUUCAAGAAGUACGGUGUUGACUAUGUCAAAGGUACUGGUUCAUUCAAGACAGCCAAUGAAAUUGCUGUUGCCGGUUUAGAUGGUAAGGAAUCUACCCUUAAGGCUAAGAAUGUCAUCAUUGCCACUGGUUCCGAAGUCACUCCUAUUCCCGGUAUUGAAAUCGAUGAAAAGAAGAUUGUUUCCUCUACUGGUGCUUUGGAAUUAGAAAAAGUCCCUAAGAAGAUGGUUGUCAUUGGUGCUGGUGUCAUUGGCCUUGAAUUGGGUUCCGUUUGGUCUCGUCUCGGUGCUGAAGUCACUGUGGUUGAAUACUUGGAUGCCAUUGGUGCUGGUAUGGACCCUGAAUUGGCCAAGAGCUUCCACAAGACAUUGACAAAGCAAGGUCUCAAGUUCAAGAUGAGCACCAAGGUCAAUGGUGCUAAGGUAGAAGGUGAUAUUGUCAAGGUGGAUGUUGAAGCUGCUAAGGGUGGCAAGGCUGAAACUCUUGAAGCUGAUGCUGUCCUCGUCUCCAUCGGUCGUCGUCCCUACACUGCUGGUCUCGGCUUAGAAAACGUUGGUGUUGAACUCGAUAACCGUGGUCGUGUUGUCAUUGAUUCUGAAUUCAAGACAAGCGUCCCUAACAUUCGUUGUAUUGGUGAUGUUACUUUUGGCCCCAUGUUGGCCCACAAGGCUGAAGAUGAAGGUUUUGCCGUGUCUGAAAUGAUCGCUACUGGUCACGGUCACGUCAACUACGAUGCUAUUCCUUCUGUCAUUUACACACACCCUGAAGUUGCUUGGGUAGGUAAGAACGAAACUCAAUUGAAAGAAGAAGGUGUCAAGUACAAGACUGGUAGCUACCCCUUCGUUGCCAACUCCCGUGCUCGUACCAACGAUGACACUGAUGGUCUUGUCAAGGUCAUUACUGAUGCUGACACAGACCGUAUCUUGGGUGUUCAUAUCAUUGGUCCCAAUGCCGGUGAAAUGAUUGCUGAAGGUGUCUUGGCUAUGGAAUACAAUGCUUCUGCUGAAGAUGUUGGUCGUACAUGUCACGCUCACCCUACUCUGUCUGAAGCUUUCCGUGAAGCUUGUCUUAUUGCUUCCUUUGGCAAUGCCAUUAACUUUUAAUCGUCCCUUCCCUUUUUUUUAUUUUGUGUACAAUAAACAUGAUUAACAUUCUA